CUGAAAUACUUCCUGGUUACACUGGAAAUCAAUUGUAUUUAUUAUCUUCGUUUCAACCGCUCUGCAUCAUGUCCGAGAUCAGUUACCUCAGGCGGAAUCUCCGCAUUCUCGUCCUAAACCCAAACUCAUCGACUACCAUGACUGAGGGCAUGGCCAAUGCCAUUCGCCAUUCGUCACUACCAGAAUCGGUUGAGAUUUAUACCUACACUGCUCCUCCUCACUCCGCCCCCGGCAGCAUCGAUGAUCAGGAAGGUAUCGAGCGCAGCACUCAGGCUGUGCUGGAUGACUCCAAGAUCGAGGAGGAGCUCGGGUCGGACAAGUACGACGCCGUUCUAGUAGCGUGCUUCAGCGUCCACUGUUUGGUCCCCAAGCUGACUAGGUACCGUCAUCUUGCUGUCACCGGUAUCUUUGAAGCAAGUAUUCUCACAUCCCUUUCCCUCACGGCCGCACAGGAGAAUGGCGCUAAAUGGGGCAUUGUCACAACUGGAAAGUUCUGGGAGGACCACUUGUCUGAUGGUGUCAAGAAGUUUUUCGGUCAAGAAAAGGGCGGAGUCAACAGCAAGUUCGCUGGCGUCUUCUCGUCGGGCCUCACAGCUGGUGAUUUUCACACUGUUCCACCAGAGAAGGUCAGAGAAAAGCUCAAAGAAGCAACUCAAAAGCUUCUCGAUCAGGGUCAGGUCAACUGUGUUGUCAUGGGCUGCGGUGGUAUGGCUGGUCUGGAAGGCAUCAUCCGCUCGACGGCGGUCGAGCAAUACGGUAAGGCUGAUGGCGACCUUGUCUACAUCGUUGAUGGAGUCAAGGCUGGCGUCAUGCAGUUGGAGCAAAUGAUCCGAAGCAAGCGAGCCUUUAGGUAAAUGUGCCAGAGCUUGUUCUAUCUGUGAAGCCAUGUCUGCAAAUACCUAGAAAAUGUCUACUACAUGAAUACGAACGAACACUACCUCAGAGCGUGUCUGUAGUCCGAUUCUGUACCUGUAAGAUAAUCAACGCUGAAAAGAAAGGAAAGAAAGAGAAAGAUCAUGAGCACCCAUUGUAACUGAGUGCAAUAUGAGUCGCAGACUUCUAAUCAACGCGUCUUGUCCUGCCCCAGACCUCAUCAACAUCCUUCUUGCCCUUUGUUUCUGGGACUUUCCAGAACACAAAGAUGAAUGACCCAACAGCGAGGCCAGCAAAGAUGAAGUACACCCAUCCAUGACCGCCCAGCACGUUGUUAAGAGCUGUAUUCACGAUAGGGAAGAACUGAGCGACAAGGAAUGUCGCCACGUAGUUGGCUGCGAGGCACCAACUCUGAGUGGCACCAACGGCUUCUUGUCCGACAAGCUCAGAAGCGAGCAGGAAUGGUACAGGGCCGAGACCGACGGCGAAGAACCCGACAAAAGCCACGACGGCGACGGCUGAGAUGAUCUUGGCUCCAAAUACAAUUGACAGAGCCAAGAUGAAAGCGCUGGUUCCUUGACCAACGAUGGAUGCAAGCAGACAAGUCUUGCGGCCCAGGCGGUCAGGGAGAGGAGCGCAAGCGACCGUGGUAGCGAGAUUGAC